UGAUGUGAUCAGUGAUGUGAUCAGUGAUGUGAUCAGUGAUGUGGUUAGUGAUGUGAUCAGUGAUGUGAUCAGUGAUGUGGUCAGUUAUGUGAUCAGUGAUGUGGUCAGUGAUGUGAUCAGUGAUGUGAUCAGUGAUGUGGUCAGUGAUGUGAUCAGUGAUGUGAUCAGUGAUGUGUUAUGUGAUGUGGUCAGUGAUGUGAUCAGUGAUGUAAUCAGUGAUGUGAUCAGUGAUGUAAUCAGUGAUGUGAUCAGUGAUGUGAUCAGUGAUGUGGUCAGUGAUGUGAUCAGUGAUGUGAUCAGUUAUGUGGUCAGUGAUGUGAUCAGUGAUGUGUUAUGUGAUGUGGUCAGUGAUGUGAUCAGUGAUGUAAUCAGUGAUGUGAUCAGUGAUUUAAUCAGUGAUGUGAUCAGUGAUGUAAUCAGUGAUGUGAUCAGUGAUGUAAUCAGUAAUGUGUUAUGUGAUGUGGUCAGUGAUGUGAUCAGUGAUGUGGUCAGUGAUGUGAUCAGUGAUGUAAUCAGUGAUGUGAUCAGUGAUGUGAUCAGUGAUGUGAUCAGUGAUGUAUUCAGUGAUGUGAUCAGUGAUGUAAUCAGUGAUGUGAUCAGUGAUGUGAUCAGUGAUGUGAUCAGUGAUGUGAUCAGUGAUGUAAUCAGUGAUGUGAUCAGUGAUGUGAUCAGUGAUGUGAUCAGUGAUGUGAUAUGGGAUGUGAUCAGUGAUGUGAUAUGGAAUGUGGUCAGGGAUGUGAUCAGUGAUGUGAUAUGGAAUGUAAUCAGUGAUGUGAUCAGUGAUGUGAUAUGGGAUGUAAUCAGUGAUGUGAUCAGUGAUGUGAUCAGUGAUGUGAUCAGUGAUGUGAUCAGUGAUGUGAUCAGUGAUGUGAUCAGUGAUGUGAUCAGUGAUGUGAUCAGUGAUGUGAUAUGGGAUGUGAUCAGUGAUGUGAUCAGUGAUGUGAUCAGUGAUGUGAUCAGUGAUGUGAUCAGUGAUGUGAUCAGUGAUGUGAUCAGUGAUGUAAUCAGUGAUGUGAUCAGUGAUGUGAUCAGUGAUGUGAUAUGGGAUGUGAUCAGUGAUGUGAUAUGGGAUGUGAUCAGUGAUGUGAUAUGGGAUGUAAUCAGUGAUGUGAUCAGUGAUGUGAUAUGGGAUGUAAUCAGUGAUGUGAUCAGUGAUGUGUUCAGUGAUGUGAUCAGCAACCCACCGACCGCAUUUACCUCCUAG